AUUAUGAUUGGACAGUCGGAAUGUCAAUCGUCAACGUUCACGGGAGCACUGCUGUACAUGGCCUGCGAGCGACUGUCAACACCAACGACUGUACCAGGCACCAGCUACAUUUAGGCCGGAUUUAAUACCCACACAGGGUUUCUGCUGCUGGUGCUUCGGAUGUCCAAGUACAAACUCUUUCUGCUGAGGCAUGGAGAGGGGGCCUGGAACAAAGAGAACCGCUUCUGCAGCUGGGUUGACCAGAAGCUGAGUGAAGAUGGGGUGAAGGAGGCCCAGGACUGUGGCAGGCUCUUGAAGGAACAGGGUUACAAGUUCGACUUGGUGUUCACUUCCAUACUUAGCCGCUCCAUCCAGACAGCCUGGCUGGUGCUGGAGGCUAUGGGCCAGGAGUGGGUCCCUGUCGUCAAGUCCUGGAGACUUAAUGAGCGCCACUAUGGUUCCCUGAUUGGCUUGAACCGGGCAGAGAUGGCUUUACAACAUGGAGAGGAAAAAGUGAAGUUGUGGAGAAGGAGCUACGACAUCACUCCACCUCAGAUUGAUGAAUCCCAUCCUUACUUCCUGGAAAUCUACAAUGACCGCAGGUACACCACAUGUGACGUGCCCCAGGAAAACCUUCCCCGAGCUGAGAGCCUGAAGGAGGUGUUGGACAGGCUGCUGCCAUACUGGGACAGCACUGUGGUGCCAGAGAUAAGGAAAGGCAGGACUGUGCUCAUUUCUGCUCAUGGAAACAGCUGCAGGGCUCUGCUGAAACACCUGGAAGGUAUUUCAGAUGAGGACAUAGCCAGCGUGACUUUACCUACAGGAAUACCUGUGCUGCUGGAGCUGGAUGAAAACCUCAGGCCUGUGAAACCACGACAGCUCUUGGGAGACCAGGCAAAAAUUCAGGCAGCCAUUAAAAAGGUGGAGGACCAGGGAAAAGCCAAACCAUCAACUUGAAUGUGCUAGACUUGUUGUAAGACUUAACAUAGCUCUGUUCUUGUCUGUUAAAAAGACUUUAAAAAAACUCAUUAUAUAACAUUAGACAAUAACAUCAACAAAUUGUUGUUAGUGAAAUUGAAAGAAUACAUGAAAGUCUUACACUGAGGUUACUGUAUGUGUAAUAGCGGCCUGACCUGAACACAUAUAGGUGUCACAGGUCAGACUUGUUCCACUGGGGCAGGAAAAAGUUCUGAGAUGUACUGUACUGUAAAUGGUUUAAGUGCUGUGUAUUAUGUGUGAACACUGAGGAAGUGUUUGUUUAACAUCUUAUUUUUAAGCUAAUUGUCUCUACUUACGCCUCUACGGUGACCCUAACAUGGCUAUUUAUUUAUUUACCUAUUGACUCUACCCUGCAGAUUGAUAGUAAUGUGGUGAAGCUGAAAAAUCUUGAAACAUGUCAUAGUCAAUUAUUUGCUUUCUAUCAUGUUGAUAAGCUUUAGGAAUAUUCCUAUGCAUUUGAACAUGUGCCUUCAGUAUUAACCUAGUGCUCAAAUUCUUUUUUUUUAAAAGCUAAAACCGAUCUUCUGGUGAUUUUAUUUAAGAAUAAAAGCACUCAGUUAACAAACCUUACCUCAUAGAAAUUGAUAGCCAGGCUGUUCAUUCCAAGAAUGGGGUAAUUGUGAGCCACAGAAAUGCUGUAAAUAAGCAGAACACUGUCCUAUGUGAGUUACUCAUACCUGGAAGUAGCUGAAGUUGUUUUUCUAUUAGGUUUAUACAUUACAUUAAAUCAGACACAGAAUAGAUUGAGUUUAAAACACAGUGGCUAUUGACCAUGGCUGUUAGUAUCAUAACUGGUUUGCACUUUUUAGGGACUUGAGAGGAUUUUCAAAUGUAUCCCUUUGUUACAUAAAUGCAAAAACAAUGAAUGGUAAAUACCAUUAUUUUUGGAUAAAUAUAAUUAGAGUUUCUAAAGAAACAAGCACUAUUUUGAUUUGCAAUUCUAAAUUAUUAUAAUAUAUUUACAGUUUUUUAAUGUUGCUUAUGUUCUUUUAAUGACAUGAGUGAAAAUGUUACAAACCAUGUCUGCACAUUACUUUGUAUAGCAGCACUAUCUCGUCAUACUUUAUUGUAUGUUGUAUUGUGUCUCUUGUUUGUAGAUGUACUGCAGUGCUGUUUAUCAUUUGUGUCUCCUGUUGUCUCAGUUUGUUGUGUUUUUCUGCCACUGUUUUUUUGUACACUGGUCUGUUAGGUCAACAUGAGAAAAGCGAUGAGUUAACAUGUAUUUGUUGAUACAUAUAUUUUCAUGUAUGAUGAUAUAAUGUCUUUCCUGCUGUCUACACCUUGCUAUGGCAGAGUUAGCAUGAUGAAAUAAAGGGAAUAAAAUUUUCCUAAAACAA